CCCAAUUGUAAGAAAAACAUAACUACGUGGGUCUGGUCCUGUAAUAAAAACAAGGAAAAUAACUAAAUAAGUAGUAGCAGUUAAAAUAUUUGACUUUCCGCGUUCUCUCCAUCACUCACACUCACACAGAGAUUACCUGGGGGAAUGGAGGAGUCACGAGAAUCGCCGCCGGCGGAACACGGCUUCUACAUGCCGGCGGAGUGGGAGCCUCAUGCUCAAACUUGGAUCGGCUGGCCUGAACGGCAAGAUAACUGGAGGCACAACGCUCUACCAGCACAACGAGUGUUUGUAGAUGUUGCAAAGGCUAUCUCAAUGUUCGAACCUGUGACAGUCUGUGCAAGCCCCUCUCAGUGGGAAAAUGCAAGGAAACAGCUUCCAGAAGAGAUCAGAGUUGUUGAGAUGAGCAUGAAUGAUUCUUGGUUCCGCGACUCUGGACCAACUUUUGUUGUGCGGAAAAGACCUUUGAAGCUCACUUCUAUUAACCGAAACAUCGCUGGAAUCGACUGGAACUUCAAUGCCUGGGGAGGAGCUGAGGAUGGAUGUUACAAUGAUUGGACUCAUGACCUUCUUGUUUCCAAAAAGGUUCUCGCUGUUGAGCGCAUUCCAAGGUUUCAACACUCGAUGAUUCUUGAAGGAGGCAGCAUCCAUGUCGACGGAGAAGGAACCUGCCUUGCAACGGAAGAGUGUCUCUUGAACAAAAACCGUAACCCUCACAUGAGCAAAGAGCAGAUAGAGGAAGAACUCAAGUGUUAUCUCGGAGUACAAACAUUCAUCUGGCUUCCUCGUGGUCUUUACGGUGAUGAUGACACAAACGGCCACAUUGAUAACAUGUGCUGCUUUGCUAAACCGGGAGUCGUGUUACUCUCUUGGACAGACGAUGAAACUGAUCCUCAGUACGAAAGAUCAGUAGAAGCUCUUUCGGUUUUCUCAAAUUCAAUUGAUGCUCGCGGCAGGAAGAUUGAAGUCAUCAAGCUCCACGUCCCUGGACCGCUUUAUAUGACCGAAGAAGAAGCUUCUGGGAUCGUUCAGGAAGGCGAAGCUAAACCGAGGAUAGCAGGGACGAGACUCGCAGCUUCAUAUGUGAACUUCUACAUAGCUAACGGAGGAGUCAUCGUGCCGCGGUUCGGUGACGCAAAACGCGAUGAAGAGGCGAUUCGUGUCCUCUCGGAGACGUAUCCUCAUCACUCGGUUGUGGGGAUAGAGAACGCGAGAGAGAUUGUUCUAGCUGGAGGAAACAUACAUUGCAUUACGCAGCAGCAACCUGCGGAACCUAUCUCCAUCGCCGACGACGGCCACUGAUGGUGUUCUCCACGCACCGCUGCUGGAUUCUAUGAUAGUGUCGCGCCAGGGUUGUAUGAAUCCUGGCCGUUAGUUUAUUGUUGUUAUAGAAGAUUUGAUUCAUGGGAGCAAACGAGAACCGUACGAUCGUUACAUUUGUAGCUCGUUGACUAACGAAAUUAGUGUUUAUUGGUUCUAAA